GGGGUUGGACUGUGCCACCACUCGCGGAAUUGUGUGUGCAGAGCGCGGCCCGUGAUGUGGGGUGACUUUGGUUAACUAUAUUGAUGUUACGAAUUUUGACUUAAAUUUGAGUAUAACAAGUCUUGUCGCUUUUUGUAAUUCAACUAGUUUAUCCAACAAAAAUAAUAGUUACCUAGAGCAAAGUCACCCCAACACACAACUUCUACAUGUUAAAGUAAUUGCUCUCUGAGCUGGUAAUGCAACAUUCACACACUAGUGUCCAGAAACCCUGAAUGGAACGCGACGAGACAACAAGGAAAAUUUUAAACUCACGAGCUGCGGCUGUGUUGGUGAAUGGAGUUGUAAACACAUUAAAGUUGUGCGGCGGAGUUCGAGGUGGAUUCCACCACACAUGGAACUACAACUCCAACGGAGCAGAGUCAGUUCGGUCGGUGGUGGUCGCGGCGAAAGACAGUACACACCGUAGAAUCCGUGGUUAAUUAAAGUUUGAACACAUACACAGUGCGGUGGCGGCGUGCGUGGUAAUUGUGUCGUCGCGCGAAUAAUUUGUUUAAUAAGUGCAUGGGGGGCUAGUGCGACAAAACCGUAGAUUAACCCGAGUGUUGCGUUGCAUUAUCCGCCCGAGAAACGAGUUAAAGCUAGGCUUGUUUAUUUUCCAAAACCCAGCGUAAGGCCUACCCAAAACCCCAAACGACGAAGAGAGCAACAACUGUUUGAUACGCUUUCACGUGUGUCGUGUGCCUUGUUGUUGUUGCUCGUGGUCUACCUGUGUGGUGGUUUCACACCCGAACCACCUCGUUCUCGUCACGACCACCACCAACAUCACCCACAUUUGAACAGUACGAACAGUGAGUGAAUAUCUGUCGAGGCGUCAACACCUCGCGGCGACCAUGGCGGGUUCGCGAAAUCGAGUGCCUUCCCAGCAGAUUCGGGACGACUUUCUGCUGGAGACCAACUUUGACGACGACGGAACGCUAACCCGGGCUUACAACACGCUCAACAGCCAGCAGCAACAGUACGGUGGAAAUGGCCAGAUCAAUGGAAACCGGGAGUCAGGUGGACCAAUCCAGCAGCAGUUUCGGGCGCCCAGCCGGAGGAGUCUGGCGUACCGGUCAAAUAUGUCCGUGGACCGGUACUCGGACAAUACGAUCCACGGUCGGCAGUCGAAAGGCGACUGCUGCAAAUCAUGCAUGACCCGGAUACCGUAUGCGACGCUGAUCGCCACGGUCAUGUGCCUUAUCGGCGUGGGUAUCUUCUGCGGAACCAUGUACCGGGGUACUUCCUUUGCCAUCAUCAUGCUGGACCAGGUGUUCCACCUGCGGUUGAUGUGGAUUGAAGCCGUUCAGAUGAUCUUCGUGGUGAUCGGUGCUUCGAUGGCGGCGCUCGGGUUGAUGAUCCUGUUUGUGGGAUUUUUGGCGACCGGUGCGACCCGCUACAAGGUGUACCGGGCGUGGGGAUCGCGCGUUGGUGGUCGCAUCUCGUGCGCGGUGUUUAUGGGAAUCACGUACAUUCUGAAGAUUGUGUGGAUCUUGAUUCUGUGCUUCCUGACGGUGGUUACGUUCAUCUUUACCGUGUUCUGGAACAUGUGCGCCAACCCGAACGUGCAGUCGCACAAGAAUUGCAUCGAUUUGACGCAGUUUUACUUCAUGUUCCCGGCCGGAGUCGCCCAGCAGGACAUGAACAUUUGCGAGACCAAGGUGAAGGCCUUCUGCAAGGACGGCGUCGAAAAGUGCGAAAUCAUGUUCAUCCUGGCCACGGUCAGCUGCCUGCUGAUCAUCCUCAGCCUGGUGCACUAUCUGAUGUGUCUGGCGGCGAACUAUGCCCACAUUCGGGACCACGAGAAGUUCCAGGAGCUGCAGGAGAUCCAGAAUCUGACCGAGAUGGAGUACACUACGUCCUCGAAGGAUCGCUUCUAGGAUACGGCCCAGGAGAUUUAUAUUGAGCACAGCGGCGCCACAUGAUGGUCUUCGUCCCGCGCGACCUGCUGCGGCUGCGGUGGCUCGGCCGCUACACGACGAGCAGCUUUCGUUUAGAUUUUUAGUUGACGCGCACUCAGUUCAAGCAAUCUUUCAAUCGCGGUAAGUCCACGUUUUAGUCGUUUAAGUAUUUUCAAUUCUCUCGCUCCAAGGCGAGCGAGCUGGUAUGAGUUUAUCCGUCCGCAAAACCCUUUAUCGUUAUCAUUCCCCCAAAACGAAGAUAUCAUUUAAUCUCUCCCCCACCACCAACUCUGCUCAAUGUAAUCCCUCCUGGAAGCGCGCUAAGAUAGAUGUUUACGGAGCAGAACAAUUCGUAUAGAAAGACACAAAGAUACAACACACAUUAAUAACUGCUCUUAAAAUAUUAUACAAAACACAAAAAUAAGAGUAACUAAGGCUGACAAUGAAACAAUAAUUUGUCGCACUAACCGCACUUUUGGUUAGUUGAAGAAUGCAGUUUUUCCGAGAAGAGUUUUGAAUGAGAUCCAAACCCAGUAGAGAUGUUGAGAGUAGAAGCCAGAGAACGCAACAAAAGUUACAAAUAUAACGAACAUAUCCUAACUUCAAACAUCCGUUUCCAAAAAAAUCCGUACAUCACAAUAGUAAGAAAUCAUAAAUCCAACAACACAAAAAAAGACAACCUCUCUGAGACACCGUGUGAUAUCGUAGAAAAAACAAACACAACCAACGUGAGAUAGUAAAGGCAAAGUUCUACAUAUAUUUUUGAAACAUUGAAGAAUGGCAUAUUUUUAUAUAGAGUCGCACUUUUCUGUCAGCACCAGCAAACCCCUUCCCGAAAGAGAGAGAGAGAGAAAGAGAAAAGAUCGGUGGUUUCAGUAGAAAAAAAAGAACCCCGUACUAGGCCUGCCUGCGCGAAACCCGUACAUUUACAGCGGCUUUCGACGCGGACGUUCCACUAAAAGCAUUCCUAAAAAUAACCGACAUUUAAACUUAGAGCAGCCUGAAAGAAGUAGAUACUCUCUCCUUCCCAGAAACAAUCAUCGUCAUUGUCUAUAAUCGCAUUUAUCAAUCAUACGAAAAGGAAAAAAAAACAAACAAACUUUGUUCGUCAUUGUGUGCAAAAAAUAUUCGUAUCCAAAUCAUUGAAACAGUAUUAGUUAGUCACUAACCGUCUCUUAUUACCAUUCCAAUUAAUAGCUAGUACUUUUUCGAACACCGUGGGUAGUGAAAGUUAUUUUGAGCUUAUUGGAGGAUCAAAAAUGCUCAAUUGUAGAAAUUCAAACAAUUUCAGAACAAUGUGGAAAGUAAUUUUUUACCACUUGUUUUGGGUAAUAUUAUUAAACUGAUUUUGGCGUGUGUCAAACUGCUAAACAUUUCUAAUACAUAAAAUGAAUUAUUUAUUUUUCUAUAUUUUUUACAAUUACUGCUCUGUAGUAGGCCAAAUUUCACUAGAUAUCUCCUGGUUGUCGAAUGUUAUUGGAAAUCCGCCUUCAUUUUUAUCCAAGAGGCAAGAAUAUGUUAUGACCGGGUUGCCAGAUCAUACAACUUUGCCAAUUGGGUCCUAAAAUGAAGCUUGGAUUUCUGAUAUUAUUGUUUACAGCGAUAAAGCUUAUUUUUGUGAAUACAAUGACCCUUUGUACGACCACAUAGAGUUUAAAAUGGAUUUUUAAAUCAAUUUUGAAAAAUUAACCUCGCGGUCCUUCUUGACAGAAAAGCUCCUACUUGACAGCUCGUUCCAAGGGGACCAUAGUUGAUCCAUCGAAAAAAUGUUGUCUUGUCAAAAAAAAAAUCGCAUUAAAAUGAAAAAAAGUGCUCAGAAAUGGUUUUUAAUCGUGUUUUUUACCGUUGUACAUAAAAAUUUACAUAGGGCUUUAGUACCCAAUUCUAAAGGUGAAUACCUAUUUUAUUUUGGUUAUCCAAAACAAUAUGGUCCUCAAGCCCUGUGUCAAUUCUUAUGCACAAUAUAAAAAAACACGAUUAAAAACUAUUUCUGAUUCCUUUUUUUUCAUUUUAAUGCAAAAAAAAAUACCAGGACAACAUUUUCCGAUGGAUCAACUAUGGUCCUCUUGGAGAGAGCUGUCAAGUAGGACAUUUUCUGUCAAGAAGGGUCGCGAAGUUAAUUUUAUUAAAUUGAUUUCCGUUCUAAAUCCUUUGCGGUCGUACAACAGGUCAUUGUACUCAGAAAAAUAAGCUUAAUCUUUGUGAACAAUAAUAUUACAAAUUUAAGCAUAAUUUUAGGAUCCAAUUCACUGAUAAAAAUACACAUUUUACUUAAGUAUUGGAAUCUAAUGACUGUGUUGCCAGAUCGUCAAACUUUAUCGAAGCUGAAAUGUCUAGUCUAUAUAAACAUAAGGUCGCAGAAAUUAUUUUCAUGAAAUUUUUUUUUUUAAUUUCACUUUGUUUAGGAUAUCUCAUGACAGUGUUCCUAGAUCUGUUAAAGGAUAUAUUUUCAUGUCGGGAAUCAUAGGUUUUUGUCAAAAAAUCGGAAAAAGUCUGGAAUCCUAAGCUUACUAGUUACAAAAUAACUUUUUGUAAUAUUUUGUUGAAAAAAUAAUAAUUCGUGUCAAACAAAUAAUUUUGAUGUUGUGUCUAUUUUUAUUUUUUUUUUUCAAAUAUGCAAACGUUUCUGACUUGAGAUUGGCAAUUGAAGAAAAAUAUAUUAAAUUCACAAAAUUAAAAGGGAACUUGGUGAAAAUAAUUUUCCAAGCAAAUGCCUAAAUGUCAUCAUGUUUAAUAAAUAAUGAAAUUAAAUAGAUAAUUUAAGAUUAACUAAUUUUAAGCACUUAGCCAUCACGUUUAUGCUUGGCUUUUUGCCUUCCUCAGUUUACUGAGGAAAGGCUAUAAAAUCACUCGAAAAACGAAAUUCUUAAUUUGACCUCCUAGACCCACCUUCAUGUACACCUAUCGACUCAGAAUCAAGCAAAUGUCUGGGUGGGAUGUUGACCAAAAAAAUAUGCACAGAGUUAUCUCGGUACUGGCUGCACCAGCGUGCCCAGCUCUUUGAGGAAGGUGGGGCAAUAAUAAGGACGUUUUGAAAAAUACGUCAUUUGUGGACAACCCAUGACCAAAUUUAGAACAAAUUUCAGAGAAUGGUGGGGCCGUUGCCCCACCCUGUGCACGCUAGUGACUGGCUGACCCGAUUUGGACCGUCUUAGGGUCCCAUAAGUCGCUAUUGAAAAUGAUAAAAUUUAGUUAAGUAUGUACUCCAAAAGUUAUGCAAAAAAAAAACCAUUUUAACAAAAGUCCAGAAGAUUGUAAAAAGAGUGGUUUUUGUAAAAAACCUCGUCUUUUUUUACAUUUUUAGAAAUGUAUUUGAAAGACCUUUUCAACGAGUUCGAAAGAUUGAAGAUCUGACCCCUAUCAAAAGUUAUAAGCACUUAUGUGUUAUUUAUGAACUUUUUAGAGACCGGAUCUAAGAUAUUUUGACAAAAACGUUGUCCGGAUCUAUCAUGCGACCUGUCGUUGGAUAGAUAAUCAAAAGACCUUUCCAACGAGUUCAGUAGAUUGAAGAUCGGACAACCCUAUCAAAAGUUAUUUGCACUUAAGUGUUAUUUGUGAACUUUGUGAAAGCCAGAUCUCAGAUAUUACCACCAAUUUCAAUUUAGGAUGCUCUAAAUUUCAAUGGCAGUUACAGCCGAAACAUUGUUAUUGCAUUCCGCUUAAAUAGUUGACGAAAAUCUAUUCCUAGGAUGCGCAUAAAAACUUUAUAAAAUCAAGAAUACAAUUUAAUCAUAAUAAAGGCUGAUUAUUUAUGUUUUUUCUCUGAUUUUAAAGUGUUUUCCCAGAAAUGUGUUGCUCAGUUUAAUUUUUACUGAAAUGAUCAAUUUUCCAGAUUUUUUUAUAAAAAAGUUCGAUGGUUUCUAUAUAUAUUUUUUGUAAACUGUUUUUAUAUUAAAAACAUUCUUUGGAAAUUAAUGCUUUUUCUUGAGAUUCUGAAAAGUAUCUAAGUUAUUUCAAUUUAUUUAUUUUUUUUUUGGAAGAAUGUUAAUUCUAAGACAAAAAAAAUAUUGAAGAUCUACAUUUCGGGGAAAUUUUUAGAUUUAUUUUUUUAGUUCGUAUUCGGAUUUUUGGUUAUUGUUUUUUUUUUAUUGUAAUCGCUUACUUUUUUAUGAAGAUUUGGAUUAAUAUUUUCGAAUUUAAUUUUGUCAUUGAAAGAAACUGUUUUCAGUAAAAAAAAAACAUUUUUAAAGUUAUUUGAUGUUUUACUUACUUAAUUGCAUCCCAAGAUGAGAGAUUAUUUCUAGACUUUUUUGGUAAAGCCUUACAAACAAAUGUAAACAUUGAGUGUAUCCCCUUCACACUUUAUAUCAACGGAGUAGGCGGGAUACACUCAAUGUUUACAUUUAUAGAGUUUUUAUGGAAAGGUCCUAUAAACGUAUGAAACACAAUAUCUUAUAGGGCCUUUAAAAAAAAACUCCAGAUUUGUUUAUAGGACCUUUAAAAAAGUCCAGAUUUAAAAACAAAAAAUCGUCAAAAACUGGGUUUAAUUUUUUUAUGUCGUUGCACAGAAAGUGAAAUAUGUAUUUAAGUUAUUUUUUUUCGGCUUCUCAAUGAAAAAAAGUGAGAAGUCUCUUUGUCUCUUCUCUAAUCAAUCCUUUUAGAUAACUUGAUUGCAUACAGUAAACUGAAAUAAAUACGUGUUAUUGCAACUGCAGAAAGAAGCAUUCUUAUGUAUUCUAAUUCAAAGUUUAUGUUUUUUAAGAACUUAAAGUUUCAGAAUUUUACAAAUUUACAGUUUAGUUCGAACAACUUUCACUACACCACCGGUGAGUGUUGCUUAAAUCAUAAUAAUACUACCUAUCGCGUUUCGUAAAAUCGUUUGUUCUCAUGUUAGAUGUUACCCCUGCGCUGCUGUUUUCCCCGUUAAUCCCACUGCUGCAAACUAAAUGCUUUAUCAUCCCCCUUCCAUUUCUCAUAAAUGCCAACACCAUUUUUGAACACUAGAAGUUACGCUGCGUACAAUCUCGCUUGCUCCAUUUAAAAAAAACUGCUUAUCGUAACAUUUGAAACCAUUUUCGUUGCACGUUUGUCGAACGAAAUUGUGACCCACCCUAAGUUUUUACGCCUGGAAUUAUACGUAGUAUGUUCGAGGACGACAUGAAAAGCAAAAAAGACGACGUUUAGAAAACACACACAAACAUACACAGACACGCACUAGAAGUCAGGUCAAGUUUUGUUAGAACGAUCUUUUCGAAUAAAGCAAGCAACCUUUUUAGAGAGAAUGAACUUUUUGGUUCAGAAUU